CGGCAGCUCACUUCCCUGAGACUCUCUGUGCGGUUAACUUCGGCUUCGCGGGCAUGCGCGACUGGCUUCGAACGCGUGGAAGUGGAGGAAAUUAUAGUAAGCCAGAAGUAAAAACCCGUCUCGCUAAAUUCGUCGACGUUUGUGUGCCUGGCCUGUGUCUAUCUCAGUGUCUUUUGUUGUCAAUGUUUUGAGCCCAACCCGGGGCCAGAAAACAUUGCUUUUCAUCUGAAAAGUUUCUUCAAGAAUUAUAUAAAAAACACACAUAAAUUGUGCUAAACUAGUGUGUGGGUGUUUUUAUUUUAUGUCCAAAGUGAUAAUCAAUGAUCUGAAUAGAUCUUCUACAAAAGGAAAAAACACGCGCUUAAAUCGAUUCGUUUGCUUAUCAAGGCACACGCUUAUAAAUUAUACAAUUCCCAACUCUUUAACAAUCUGCUCUCUUCGCAAAGUUGAAUGGAAUAAAUUUAAUCUACUUUUUGCAUGCUACGUGACACUAAAUAAACAUGUUAAUAUUAAAAUGUUCUAAAAUGUUCCGCUCCUUAUGGAUGCUACUGCUUCUCUCACUCCUAACCCUAGAAGGCCCUGUGCCCUCGCAGGCUCUAUUGGCCAACAUGGGUUACAAGACCCAAUCGAAUGGGGAGUUGCUGGAAAACGAUUCGCGCUACAUCUCAUAUCAAGAUUUAAUGUCGAGUGCUAAACGAUUUUACGAUCCCGAAACGACCUGGUAUUCGGAAAUGCUGUUCGACGUUUCCAGGAGCCAAGUAAUAGUCGGCGCCAGGGACACCCUGUUCCGCAUGUCUCUUGAUCUGGAGCCGCUGCAGCGCGCCAGCUGGGGAGCCACACCGUCAGAGAUUGCCAUGUGCCAGGCAAAAGGCCAGUCGGAGCGACUGUGUCGCAACUAUGUACGCGUGCUCCACAGCUAUGGUGAGAACCAACUGUACGCGUGUGGGACGAACGCCUUCCAGCCGAGCUGUUCGUGGCGCCAGAUGGAGAACCUCAACGUCACCGGCGUGGACAGCGGCGUGGUCAAGUGCCCCUUCCAUCCCCAGGCCAACAGCACCAGCCUCCUGCUGCCCAACGGCCAGCUGUUUGUCGGCACAGCCACGGAUUUCACUGGCAGCGAUGUGGCCAUUCUGCGGACGGGUGUGCAGUCCAAUGAGCGUUUUCUCCGCACCAAGCAAUACAACAAUAACUGGCUGAAUGGAGCCCAGUUUGUGGGAAGUUUCGAGGCCGGAAACUUUGUGUAUUUUCUUUUGCGCGAAUCGGCUGUGGAACACCUGAGCUGUGGCAAGGUGAUCUAUUCGAGGAUAGCCAGAGUCUGCAAAAACGAUGUUGGCGGUGGGCGAUGGGCCAAGGAGAACUGGAUGUCCUUUUUGAAGGCUCGCCUGCACUGCUCCUUGCCGGGCGAGUAUCCCUACUAUUUUGAUGAAGUUCAGGGCAUGACCUACGCCGAAUCCGAGUCUGUGUUGUAUGCUACUUUCAGAACCUCCGGAUCGAGUAUUUUUGGAUCGGCUGUGUGUGCCUUUAACCUCAGCUCUAUAAACGAGGCCUUCGACGGUGCUUUCAAGCACCAGGAACACGCUGAUGCCGCCUGGAAGACAGUGAACACCACGCAACGCAACCAGUUCCAGUGUACCAGCAGCUCCCCCAGCUACGGCCAGUGGCUGGACAGCUCCAAGUACCAGUUGGUAGAUCAGGCGGUCCAGCCCAUUGGCGGUCAGCCCUUGUACCAUUCCAAGCUGGAACAGUUUGGUCGCGUGGCCCUGGACAUUGUGACCACAAAGUCGGAGCAGGUGCAUGUGCUCUUCGUCGCCAGCAGUGGGAAUCAUAUCAAGAAGCUAUCCGUAAAGUAUGGAGCCGAGGGAGUCCAGACCUGCUUGGUGGAACUCUGGCAGGCGGACGACACGGGUAGCAGUGCUCUGCUUAACAUGGCCUACGUCAAGGUUACUGAGUCGCUGUACGUGGGCACGGAUCUGGCCCUCACCCGCAUCCCUGCCCAGCGCUGCAGUCGCCACGUUUCCCAGUCGAGUUGUCUCAACGCCAUGGACCCGUAUUGUGGCUGGAACGAGCUGGUGGAGCGCUGCAUGCCCCAGCCUCAGGACUCCUCCGUGUGGCAGCACUGGCAUCAGGCUCCCCAGCUUACUUGUCCGGUGCUCAACGCCCCCAUAGACGGUGGCUGGUCGGCGUGGUCCUCCUGGGCGGUCUGCCAGCAACACGAGCAGCCGGAUAGCAACUGCCAGUGCCGGCAGAGAAGUUGCAACAACCCGCAGCCCCAGCACGGAGGUGCCACCUGCGAUGGCAUAAGCACCCAAGUGACGAACUGCACCCAACAUGGAGGUUGGACAGAGUGGUCUGCCUGGUCGCCUUGCACCCAGACUUGUGGAGUUGCCGUGAAAAUCCGUCACCGCACCUGCGGAAACCCUCGACCAGCUUUUGGAGGACGUACUUGUGUUGGAUCCGAUCGGUCGGAGAUUUACUGCCGCCACCUGCCGCCAUGUCCUGUGGCGGAGCCGCAAUCCGUGAACGGUGGCUGGGGACCGUGGGGCGAGUGGAGUGAGUGCAGUGCUCAGUGCGGCGGUGGCUUCCGGAUGCGAAGGCGAGAAUGCAACGAUCCGGCUCCGCUUAACGGUGGCCUGGAGUGCCCUGGCUGUCGGCUGGACUACGAGGAGUGCAACAUGCAGAGCUGCCAGGAAGUGCGCAAGCUCAGCGGCUGGACUCCCUGGCUGACGACGACCAAUGUGGGAGGCAAUCGUAGCUCCACGGAACCUCAGCUGGAGAAGCGUUUCCGGUAUGUCUGCCGCGCCACCAGUCCCGAUCCCAGCUCCGUGCGAGUGGCCCUGGCCAAGGAGGAGUCUCGCAGCUGCCAGGCGGACGGCAGUUGCCAGCGACACGGUGACCACGAGGACAGUUCCGACGCCGCUGAUUGGUCUCCGUGCAGCGUCAGUUGUGGCGGCGGUACCCAGCAGAGGCAGCGAGGACGCGGCACUCAGAACCGAGCCUGCAACCUACAGGCCUGUCCCUCCGACGACCAGCAGUCAUCCAAUACCAUCGAUAACGAAGUGGACCACGGAGAGUGGAGCUGCUGGUCGGAGUGGUCGGCCUGCUCGGUGACCUGUGGCCUGGGACUGCGCAGAAGGACGCGUCGCUGCCUGGGAGGUCACGAGCGACUCUGCCAGGGCCGGGCUCUGGAGGAGCAAAAGUGCGAAAUGGUGCCCUGCGAAGACUUCCUAGGCUGGAGUGCUUGGAGCGAGUGGUCUCGGUGCUCCAGCGAUGGCAUCCGUUUAAGACACCGACGUUGUUUGGUGGAACAGCCAGGUACCAUGGAGUGCCGUGGAGCGGAGUUCGAGAAGACAGCCUGCGUGCCAAAUGAAUGUGAAGAAACCCAGACGGCCUCUACAGCCACCCUGCCUAUUGUGAUUGGUGUCUGCUUGCUGAUCACUGUGGCCUGCUGCCUGGCCACCUAUCGCUUCACGAAACAACGAUUCCUGAUCAGUGCUGAGGAGGCUUUGAACAAAACCAGUACAACGACGGCCAGCUUCGAUACCUAUCCCAACCAGUACUCCAGUCUGCCGACCAAGGAUUACUACGAUCAGCUACCCAAGAGACAGUCCAGCUUCCGGAUGCCAGCCAAGAACAGCAAUGUGGGCAACGGCACCCUCAACCGGAACACCAUGCACCACAACAACACGCCCAAGGUGCUGGCCAAGACCUACAACGACUGCGAAACGGGAACCCUGAAACGACAGUCUGCCCUGAACAACUGCCGGAGCAACAUCGACGACGAAAAGUUCUAGAGCGUCCACUGCCGAAGCUCCUAGUGCCAUCUAUUGCCAGGACCUGGUCCACCGACCAUGGAAAUGCUAUCACCAUAAUGAAGUUUAUUUUAAAAUAUUAUGCAGCUGCAAAAUGUUCCUUCUCUUGACUCACAUUGAGUCGUUUUAGUUAAGUUGAGGUAGUUUUCGACCUAAGUAGCCCUAGCACGUAAUUCAUGAUAGACUAAGCGGUUAUUUAAGCUAAAAAGAGUAUUUUAUGGUAGUUCCAUGGAAUAUUUCCAAAAUUCCACAUACUGUUUUCGCAUUUCGCAUGUAUGAUUGUUGUGUACAUUAUUUUCAUUCGAGACUGACCGUUAAUAUUUGCUAAAUUAGAAAAUUGCUAAAUCAUCCAAAUUGUUUGCCAUGCAGCGAGGUUUUCAAUAUUUAAUUAUCAUUUAAUUCACUAUUUUAUGUAUUGUCUAGAGUCCGAACUGACGUAGUCGUGUAAUGCUGUAAAUUCUAGCAAGUAAGACAUCCACAUCGAGAAAAUAAAGAAUUUUUCACUAACCAAAAAA